GGCGCACUCCCCAUGUCUCUUGGUAUUCUCUCCCAGUUUUCCUUCCUUUGAGCAUGUCCAGUCUAUUCUCACAUGCCUAUCAUUGCAUAGCAAUUAUGGUUAGAGAGUUAAAAGCCUUAUCAGCUCCUCAGAGGGAGAAGUGUGUGUCAGCUCCUCACAGGACUGCAUGGUGGUUCAAAAAGUAAUGAUUUUUUUUUUUUAAUGGAGGUUUCUUUAAAUUCAAAACAUAAACCACAGAACUGAAAAGAGCCAUGUGGGUAUUUAACCUGCAUUAAAAAAGUCAGAGGAUAAAGACAGAGAUAAAUGUGCCAGCCUUGUGCAAUCCUCCCAAGCUAAGGGACCCACAGUGGACAGACAUACAGUGUUGGGAUGAUUGGUAAGAUUGGCGUACAGAAAUCAUUGCCUUCGUGAUCUUGAGAUGUGCUAUCCAAAAAUGUGCUAUCCUAUCUCUGCUAGGAGACUUCAGAAUCACAGCUAGCUUCAGUCAGCACAAACUUUUGUGUUUCAGAAUCACACAGUGAGCUCCUCAUGCAUCUGGAGAGAGAAGCACCUUGUCCUGCAUUUCCCUCCUUUGCAUGCAGCAGGUCCUGCAGCUCCUCGUGGUUAUCACCCAUACCCUGGGUGUGGGUCAGGAAGUGACAGCAAAGCAGGGACACUGUCUGGGUGGGAAGAUGACCCCGUUGGGCCCCGUGAUGUACCCCGACAUGUGCCUGUGCACUGAGCUAGCUUCCAUCUGCCGGGUGUGAAGGGAUCUGAGAGGCCUGGAGGUGGCUCUGGAAAUCCCAGGGACAAAAGCAGGGUAGAGCAAGUGCACAGGAUGGUCCCUGAGAAGAAGGGUGACAAUUCCUGGGUAUUGAGGCUUUGUAACCCACAUUUUAGGAUGACAUGAUAAGCAGGAUUUCUUGGUUUUCUUUAUUUUUUCUUUUGUGUUUGCAGGGGAAAGUGUGAAGAUGUAAAUGCUGACAUUUUAAAUAUAAAUUAAAAAUAAUCUUUAGAUAUGCUGUGUGUUUUAACUCCCGAUUUUUAACUAGCUUCAUUGCGGGAGGUGUUGCAGUGAGUCUAGCUUGUGACUUUUUUGAUCGCCUUGGGGUUGGCAAUAUUGCAGGUUUCUCAGGUCAAACAAGAAGGGAUCUUGUUGGACAAGAAGUGCAGAAGGGAAAAGCAGGAGCCUGUCUCGGAAGUGCCAGUGUUUUCUGAAUUGCAAAACCCCAUCCCGUGGUGUUUAUCUCGCUGGGACAGUUAUCCGCAUGACUUGCCACUGUAAGUGUGUAGCCUUGUGUCCUGUUCUAGCUGGGGCUGGUCCCCACCACCAGAUCACCAUCUCCCACUAGCAGUGGCAGUAGCAGCACAGACCCGUCAUGGGUAAAAGCCAAAAUCUUUUGCUGCCCACCUGAGGCGGCAGGAAUGGCUUUGCCCUCUGCACAUCGCUCCUUCCCCCUGGUUGUUCUUCCCUGCCUUUGGCGCACAGCAAAGCUGUGGGUUCCAGCUGGCCACACAGCCACCUUCCCAAGAAGUUCUCCUCAAUAGACGUGCUUCUCCAGAUGUUCUCUGCUCUUUCCUUGCAGAGAUGCACAUGUACCAUUUCUCUGUUGGGGCUGAGAUGACUGGACGGGAUUGCAGGGCUCAUGAAAACCAUUUCAUGCACGUUUCUGAAUGCAUUUGUUCUGCUGUCUGUGAUUUUACGUCUUCAGUUUUUUACUUUUUGAUUCACUGAGCAGUGAUGUCGCCUUGUUCUUUGGUAAAAAGUCUCUCUAUCAACACUAGAUCAAAAGGAACCAGUUAGGGUGAAAAGGUUGUUCUGCUCUGGGUCUGUACAUGCUGCACCAAUUUUUCAGCUUCUUCAGAGUUUUUUUUCCUCUGUUUUUUCAAAGCUAAGGUUUUGAAGGGAAGUAGAAACUUUAGGAGAGUCAAGAUGUGCAUUUGGAUUACAUCAACCUCAUCUUUUUUGAGGGCUAUUUUUGGGUUAAUCUGCAGUUUCUCAACAUUUGUAGAUGUUGGACUCAAUCUUGAAGGCCUUUUCCAACCUUAAUGAUUCUAUGAUUCUAUAUCCAUCUCUGGAAAUGUUCAAAAAAUGUGUAGAUGUGGUGCUUAAGGACCACAUGGUUUAGUGGUGGGCUUGGCAGUCUGGGUUAAUUGUUGGACUUGAUGAUCUUAGAGGUCGUUUCCAUCCUUAAUGAUUAUAUGAUAAGUAAUCCUGAGUCUUGACGGAUCUGAAAGAAACAGGUUUUCCAGCCCUGAAGAUCAACCACUGAGAUGACUGCAAAUUGCUUUUAUCCAAAUACUGGUUUUAACAGUCAGGGGUUCCUUUUUAUGCUAGAAGAUGAUGGUGCUGAUAUUUUUCAUGUGGUCUAUGUUGUUUCCUACCGACUUGAGGCUUGUUGGAUCACAUCCACACACAUGCUGAUGCUCAGCUGUGACCAAGUACUGGCCACUAUGACCCAGCCAGCCAGCAGGUGUAAUGCCACAGAGACUGAGGGCAGAAGGGGGCAAGCAGAGCUGCCAGAUCCCUGCCAACCCAAACUGUUCUCUGAUUGUGCUCUGGAAGCGAUCCAUCAGAAUUGGUUGGCACUUUGGUCUUCAUAAAACCCCCAAGAGCCAUAGGUCUCUGCCCUAAAGAGACUCUAACGUUUUAAGGAAGGGAGUUUUCACCUGUGUUGUUGUCUGCCCCCACAGCCAUUGUCCAACUUCACCCUGAAGGUCAGUGACUCCCCACUGCACCGGUCCCCCUUGGAUCCUCUCCAGGCCACGGAGCAGCAUUCCUGCCAGCUCUCACGAGAGGCAGGAGCUGGGCUGGAAAUGCCUGUUGCCUUCCAGCGACAACCACACUAGUGCUUGCUUUGUUGCAUACUAAUGAACGUUAAUUGGUCUCAGCUUGUUAUCAACCUUGUGUGUGAGCCUUUUGCAGAAUGGUGGGGUGGGGGUUGGGAAGACUCCAAGGGGCUUUUGCCCUCCAGCGAGGGGUGGCCUCCUGGGUGGAUGAGGGCUAAAUUGAUGCUCCUUGUGGAAACAUCUCCAUUUGUGAGCCGCAGGAGGGCUGUGCCUGCUGGCCUCGUGCCAGCCUUGGUAGUGGUCUGCCUGGCAGGUGGAUUCCCUCUCUGAUGUGGCAGAAGGUUACAAGGAAUUGUGGGGGCUGUCUUUAAACCCACCUGAGGGUAUGGGGAGAAGCUGAGCCCUUUGGAGGCUGGGCAGCGCUCAUCUUCAGGUGUUCUUGGCAUCAAAGGUUCAGUGCCCCUCUCCUACUGCCACCCCCAGGCACAGCAUGCAGCCCCUCAACACUAUCCAUUGUUCUCUUUGAACUGUUCAGCUGGAGCCUGUCUCCUUCUCUCCACUGCCCUUUACCACUCCUGCAGUCCUGGCAUCCAUUGCAGCAGCUGGAUGUCUCCUGCAGCCAUACCCCUUGUCCAGUCACUCAGCCUGAGCCAUGGAGGGCAUGAAAACCCCUACAGGGUGAUCCUGCUGUAGGGGAAACACCACCACAGUUUGCUACAAGCUAGAGAGGGGCAGGCUUGAUGGGGCUGGGUUGCAUCAGCACUCUCGAAAAACAUCUCUACCAUGUGUGUAAAGUCCUAAGUCUGGCUCAUGUGUGAUACUGUGUGUGUAGGGGGCAGUUCUGGGACAGGCAGGAUGGUGUCUGAACUUGUGGUACAUCGGGGCUUCUUCCAGCGGGGAAGUUGGGAUUGUUGCUUUGGAGGUGGCUCUGCUAAUCUGGGACAAGUAGCCUGUUGACCUUGAUGUGUUUGGGCUGGGACUUGUAAGUGACUUCUCUAAAGCUGAUAAAUCAGUCUAUGCUUGAGCUGAGAACAGCACCUGUAGCUUUUCUGGUGUUUGAAUCCUGAUUAUUCCCCAUGACGAACAUCAAGUUUCAGACCAGGUCCUGGUGACUGUGCUGUUUAAUUUACUCUUUCUUUACUCACAUAAUGACAGAAGUUUUUCCAAAGAAAGGACUUACGAGGAGAGGGAAUCAAAGUGUCAGGAGUAGGAAGAGGGAAGGAUGGAGCACUGGCUGGGCACAUGGGAUGCUUGGCCAGGGAGCAGUCCCGAGGAGCAUGGUAAGGAUAAUUUUUUUCCUCCCACCUGUUGUGAGGAGCAAGUAGGGAGUGAGCUAUCGCGCUUCCUCCCCAGCUGCUAACGACAGGAGACUUGCUUAUGGUCGUGCACUGGAAGCUAAUUAAAACCGGUGACAAUGGUAAUUGAGUAAGGAUGCUUGAGGACAAGUAUGACCUCAUGUCUAAAAUGGUAAUGAGGCCUAUUAAAAUCCACACCAAAAAGAGAAAUGAAAGGGGGAACAGAGGCAAAGGUGGUGCAAAGGGAGCCGGAGCAGGCGGGGACAAUACCUGGCAGCCAGAGCACCAGGAGGGAUGGGGAACAUGGAGGUGUCAGUCUUCUAAAUCUCCUUAAUAAACAACCAGCUCUUCAGCUAGCCAGGCUGCCACUCAGGCCGAGUCAGCCAAAAUGCUUUGGUUCAAGUGCCUUCCCCUGUUGCUUGCCCAGACCUGGGUGUAGAUCCUAUUAAACAGUGGUGACACUUGUUACACGUUUGUUGUUGUCUACACCUCUGGUUCCUUGCUGGAAGAAGGGGACAUGCCAGGAAACUGGCAGUAGCUGCCAGCGUAGGGAGGGUACCUGCUAAGAUGCACCCUUGAAAUUGCACUGGUGUGGGAAAAUGCAUUGGCAGAGGAAAGCUGCAGCAAGUUUGGGUGGCGUGAACCUGCAUGGUGCCUGGUUUCAGCUCCACAGCUGGGGUGUAGGGGCUGGGGGUCCCUGUGACCUCAACAUGUAUUGUUUUGCAGGCUGGUGUAGCAGUGCUCGGGAUGCCACUGUGCUGCGUGGGAACCCAGGUUCCAUGCUGACUCGCCUCGCCGCAGAGGACACCCCACGGGACACCGGGAGGUGGGCACUCCCUGUCCUGGGGCUGGAUGUGCACCACAUCAGUUUGGGUGAGCUCAGCCCCGGGCUGCCAGACCCCCUCACUACACCCUGCUGACAGGAGGAGAUACGGUGUAUGCCGGAGGUUUCUUCUCGCUGGAGAAAGCCAACGCUCGUCCUUCCAGUAGUGGCGAAGGUACGGCUGGAUAGCAGCUGAGGAUGUGCUAUGGAGCCGGGAUUCAACUGCUCUGAGCUCUGCGAUGGCAGCUCCAGUUUUGACAGCCAGCAGCAGCGGGCACUGCAGGAGCUCUGCACUGUAACAGUGACAUCUUUUGACAACAGUGGGAAGAGCUUCCCAUCCUUCUCUGCUGGUCUCCUGGGAGUUGUGUGGACGUUCCUGACUGGAGGAGUCCUGCUAGCGCUCUUCUUUCUUGUCUUCACAAUUCGCUUCAGGAAAAACAGGAUCGUGAAGAUGUCCAGCCCCAAUCUCAACAUUGUGACCCUGCUGGGCAGUGGCUUGACUUACACGAGUGCUUACCUCUUUGGGAUUCAGGAGCAGAGCCUGCCUUCUGGAGACUCCAUGGAAAAGCUUAUUCAGGUGCGGCUCUGCCUGCUGUGCGUGGGCUCCUCCCUGGUGUUUGGCCCCAUCCUGGGGAAAAGCUGGAGGCUCUACAAGGUGUUCACCCAAAGGGUGCCGGACAAGCGGGUGAUUAUCAAAGACCUCCAGUUGCUGGCGAUGGUGGCAGUGCUGGUGCUGGCAGAUGCCGUGUUGCUCCUGACGUGGGUAUUUGCCGAUCCAGUCCAGUGCUUCCGAAGCCUCAGCGUCUCACUGCGGGCAACAGACAAAGGCAUGACCUGCUCCGUGAGCCGGGUGCAGUCCUGCGCGUCGCUCUAUUCCGAUCUUUGGCUCGUUCUCAUUUUAGGGUUUAAGAGUAUUCUCCUGCUGUACGGGACCUACUUGGCCGGUCUGACCGACAACGUCAGCUCCUCACCAGUCAACCAGUCCUUGACACUCAUCGUUGGGGUCAACCUCGUUUUCCUGGCUGCUGGCACUAUCUGCUUAGUUCAUCGUUUCUUCCGUACUUGGCACAACUUGCUGUUUGGUUUUACCUCUGGAGGAAUCUUUGUGUGUACAACCACGAUCAACUGCUUCAUCUUUGUCCCACAGCUCAAGCAGUGGAAAGCCUUUGAAGAAGAAAGCCAAACUGUGAGCCACAUGGCAAAAUAUUUCAGCAGCCCAAGCAGGAGCUGCCGCUCGGUGUACAGCGAGGAGCAGCUCUACCAGCUGAUAGGGGAGAAGAACUCCAUGAAGCGGCUGCUCACUGAGAAAAAUGCCGUGAUUGAAAGCCUGCAGGAGCAAGUGAGCAGCGCCAAGGAGAAGCUGAUGAGGCUGAUGUCUGCGGAGAGCGGCUGCAAUCCCCGUGCCUUGCCAGCAGCUCCCGGCACCUGGAGCUCAGGGGGGCAUGGGGAUGCCUCGGGGGACUGCUGCCCCCCGGAUCCCGAGAGGGAUGGGUGGCAGCCUCCCUGCUCGCUGGGUACACCGCCUCUUUGCAGCAAUCCUCAGGCCCUCCAGGAACAUGCAACACAGGAACCCGUCUGCUCUCAGGUGCUGCUUUUUAACACAGGGGGCAGCAGUGAACGUGGCCUGAAAGACGUCCAGGAGUGUGGGACACCUGCAGAGCAGAGGCAGCCUCCGGAGCAGCUGCCAGGCCAGGACAACUCAGGUGGUGUAGCCUGGGAGUCAUCCCCCAAAGUCAGCUAUGUAAACAGCGAGAAGCUGUGGGAAAUCUUGCAAGAGCUAAGCCUGGACGGCAAAAACUACAGCCCAGCCUUACCUGCAGGAGCCCCACUUGGCGGCCUGGGCGCCCCAGGUGACCAGGGAGAAACAUGGGGGGGCCAGGAGGGCUACCCAGGCGCCCACACACCCCUCAGCCCUUACCUGGCGAGGCGCCGUCGGAGGAUCCCUUUGCCCCCUGCCUCCACCCACUUCCCUGGACGUGCAUCCCCUCGUGCCAACCACAGCGGGAAGGAGGGAGGGAGAGCCCUGGUGUGCCUUCGCAGCCAUGUGAGGAUCACUGUAUACACUGCUCCCUGCCCCCAGCUGCAGAGGAGUUUAUAAAGACUUUGGCAGGAUGCUGGGACAAGAUCACGCUCACCUUUGGAAAGAGAGCCCAUGAGAAGAAAUAGUCAUCGGUAGUCAGGACAUCAGAAAGGCAGGCCAGAAGCAGGCAAAAUUCUUGUAGGCCAUCAGGAAGCUGAAGUUUUCUCUGCAAGUCUGCAAUGUCCCUGGGGUUCCCAGCACCCACUGGGUGCUAGAUUUACCAUCAGUAUUUUAAUAUACUAGCACAGAACAAGGCCUGACCAUCCGUGUUACCUUUCAACACACUUCCUGCAAUUGCUGAGAGGUGCAUCUCUGCCUGGCGAGUGUGGAAACCCUGAAAAGCUUUUAUUUCUUGGAGUUUCCCAUGACUUAGAAAACCUAUAAUGACCUGAGCUCCUUAUAAAAAGCCCCUGGUACCUCUCAAGGGGUUCACAGGAAGGAAAAAUGAAAGCUCGCCCUCUGCAGUGUCCUGAUGACACGAUCCAACACAGGAACAGCAUGGAUGUUUUAUUGGACAAGGUGAAUAUAAUGAGCAAGGCACCCUUCUGGAGUUGUGUGCUGGUUUCCAGGCAAUUACAUCUCGUAUCUAACCCAAAUGAGUCGGGUGAUAUUUCAAACCAAAGAGAACGGCAGGAAUAAUAUUAGCUGAUGCAAUCGCACCUUGAAUUUACAGCAGUGCUAGGCAGAUCCAUGAACAGUGGGAUACUCUGUACAUGAUUACAGCAAAUUCAAGCCCUUGUUUGAAAGCAGCUGGGUUUUAGUUGGGUUUUUUGGAACAGUCCUCAAAUCUAGGUGGUGGAUAAAGGCUUCCUUUCCUCUGACAGGUGAAUCUUUCAUUUGAGGGUGAAUUACACUUUGGCAAGAUCAGUUUUUAAUUUCCUCGCUAUUACAGCCUUUUUCAUGCCAGUAACAAAAACACAUUUAGUGCUCAUCCUGCUUCUGCAAUCUGUUCUUCGCAACUCUCUGAUGGUGAGGUCUUUUUCCUAGUUCUCCUAAUACCUGAUAGGAGCCCGCUGCAGUCAAUGGGGGAGGCAGGCUCUGCCGCUCCUGGAAGCCCAGCAUUACUGGGUACCUGCUGUGCCACAAUAUGAAACCCUGGGCUAAACACCACCUUCUGAUGGGAAGAAGCUCCCAGGCCUCAUUGCCUAAGGCCACAGCUGCUUGAGUGCAUCUGAAUUAAGCCUUUAAAGCAGACAAACCCAACAACAACAAAGUGUACCCAGUGAUGACAUGGGGUCUAAUUUACUUGAAGACAAAACUUGGGAGUCAAGAGCCUUGUCUCUUCUAAUGACUGUUAUGCUCAUCUCAGAGAGAAAAACCACGGUCUCUUCUGUCUCUCCCUGGCACCUGUCAUUCAGGUGAACACAAGACCACCUCCCUGAGCUGCAUCAAGGCUUCUUCACUGUAUGUUUGCAAAACUGGCUCUGAGUGCUUCACCACUCACCCUAAGAGACCAGUUGACCCAUCAGAGAACAAGAAAACAAGAGCUGAUGCUCCCAGCUGGGCCCUGGUUAACUUCCUCAGAUAGCAGGUCUUGGAUAUCAGUGAGAAUCCCAAAUGCCCUCUUGAAUAAGUGAGUGAGAGGCUGGAGAAGGUGGAGAAGGAGUUCAGACAACAAUCUGGGGUAUCAACAGUGGAGACCAAUGUUUUUGCUGUUGAAUAGUCAUGAGUUGCUGUAUGUGGAUGGUUUGUUCACAACAGCUAGUUUUAGUGAGUUGAAUACUUCUCUGCAUGUUCAUGCAGGUGUUUGUGUCCUUACACACAGGGAAAACAUCCCACUUUUCUCUCCCAGUGGAUCAUCCCACUGUCUAGAAUAAUUGGAAUUUGACAAUCACUUAGAGAGAGACAAGAACCCUGUUCCCCAUCAGCAAUCCAAGCAUCUGCUGAAGCAAGUAUGAGAUUUCUACCACUAAGCAAAGAUUUUUCUGGAUAAUGACAGCAUUAGAAACAACCCCACAAGCAUGUGAGAUACUUCUGGUAAAGCACUUAAAUAAAAAAAAUCCUCUUGCAGCUUUCCACUGGGAAAAAUGAGUGCCCUGCCAUGCAAUCAGACCCUGGGCUGCAGGGGGGCCACAGUCCUACAAGGAGAGAUGACGCCUCUAUGCUGGACACAGCAGGGGCCUAUUUAUAUUGCAGAAUUGGGCUAUCCUCCCCCUGAUCCAGACAGCAUCAAUCUUGCAGCAGCAGCAGGAGGCAAGGUAGGUUUUGCACUGACCACCUACCUUCUGGUACAGCUGGAAAUCUAGGAACAAUAUCGUUUCCAACAUUAUUCAUCAGGUUUCAGGACGGGUGCCAAGCUCUGUGCGGCCAACAGCUGAGCAACAGAGAUUUUGUCUCUCCUUUUACAGGAUUAUUGUAAAAUAAUUUCCCUCCGUGACCAGUUUAAGCUAUUCUAAUGCACAGUCAUAAAUGAGACAUUGACUUCUAAAGAUCUUCCUACCCUUAGGGUGGCAGAUGAAAGAACCGGUCACAGCUUUGUUCUGCCGCAACAUGCCUGGAAGUGUUGAGAGACAUGCUUUCAUUACAGGGAAAUUUCCACUGUCUCAUUGGGUUUGCAAGUUUAUAACCUACCUGUAGAGCAUAAAAGAAAUGCUGGGCUGACCAAAACAGAUAGAAGACAUUGAUUUGCUCGUGCCAUUCAGGCAGCAAGAGCUGUUCUGCUGAUUUCUGUGUCUGUGAGAAAGAGCACAGCGAUUUCCACCUCUAACACAAACCUGGUGGCUUUUUUCAGCAACUCAGCAAGCGUGCUCAAGCCCAGAAUAACAGAAAUUCCUUUAAUAAACCUGAAUAUCAGUUUUGUAAAACAAAGUGAUCAGUGAAAGAGAAGUUCAUGACACAGUGCUGAGAAGGAUGUUGCUCAGAUUAAUUCAGCUGCUCAAGCAGAUUGCUCCUUUAACACUGUCUAUGACUUAAGUCCCCAGUGUAAUACCACUAUUUUUAUGACUCAGCAGUAACCAAUGCAAUAAAUUAAUUCAGGGGAUGUUCCAGAUAACGAGGAGUUUAUCCUGCAGCAAAAAGGUCUCCAAUGAAGAGUAAAAUGUUAGAGAUCCAGAGUAUACAGUAAUUAUCAGAUUCUGAUAAUUGGUGAGAAUGGGAAUGAGAAAAGCAAAGUGAAAUAGGUUAUGAUUGCAUUAUCUAACAAUUAACAUUCCUAUGCACAGGGUUGCAUAAUAUCCCCUGCAUUUAAGGGCUGCAUAGCAUUUCCUAUAAAAAUGCCUUGGAUUCACUUGCUUAUAAUUUUCUUAAAGCUUAGGCAUUUACCAAAAUGUUCAUGCUGAGAGUGCUGAAAAGUUAAAAUGAAAGUGAUUCAGGACAUUUCCAAGAAGAAGGCUAACAAAAAUGCAUUUGUCCCAUUUUAGGCACGUCUUAGUUUUUUGUGUGAGACACUUCAUCUCCCCCACGCCAUACGAACUGAAAAUCCAUUUUGUAUGGGUCUUGACAAAAGCCAUCCAAGCUGGACAUAAAGCAUGGCUUUAUGACUUUGAAAAGUCACAGACCACAUAGGUCUAUGGAAGCAUAUUAGCACUUUGUGGAAAACAGCCAUCCCCCAAAUCAUCCCUGAAAAGCUGAGUGUGCUCCAUGUCCUCACAGCUGCUGGAGCACCCUGCCCCUAGGCUGGGCACAGGUGGUGGCCAAGCCCACCACACCUGCCAGUCCUUGACAUCACCACUGUAAGAGAGUGCACUGGGCUGAGAGCAAAGUGGGGUUUGUCUCAUUAAGGCAAUCACCACCACGCUGGCAGUGAAGCAGCAUGGCAGAAGAAGUGGUUGUGAAAGCCACUCGUGGGAGAAAAAUGGUAAAUCUGUUUGAAGAAGCUGUGGCUGGGGCUGGAAUGGCUGGGGGACGAGGUGG